CCCUGGCGCUGGGCGCAGGCCUGGGCUGCUCCUCGGCGGCCACCGCCGCUGCGGCUCGGGGGUACAGGACGGCGGAGGAGGCGCCUUCUGAGGUCCGGAAGGCGCUGCCGAGGGGCUGCGAAGGGCCCUGGGACCGUGCAGGCGCCGAGGUCCGGGCGGGCCUUCGGUCCUGACAGCCCAGUGCCCAGGAUGCCCCACAAGAUUGGCUUCGUUGUCGUCAGCUCCUCUGGACAUGAAGACGGCUUCAGCGCCCGGGAACUAAUGAUCCACGCGCCAACCGUCAGCGGGUGGAGGUCACCGAGGUUUUGCCAGUUUCCACAAGAAAUCGUUCUUCAGAUGGUGGAGAGGUGUCGGAUCAGGAAGCUGCAGCUGCUGGCCCACCAGUACAUGAUCGCCAGCAAGGUGGAGUUCUACGUCAGCGAGAGCCUGCCCGAGUACUUCGUGCCCUACCAGGCCGAGCGGUUCCGGAGACUCGGCUACGUCUCUCUCUGCGACAACGAGAAGACGGGCUGCAAAGCCCGGGAGCUGAAGUCCGUCUACGUGGACGCGGUGGGACAGUUCCUGAAGCUGAUUUUUCACGAGAACCACAUCAACAAGUACAACGUAUACAACCAGGUCGCUCUGGUUGCAGUGAAUAUCAUCGGAGACCCUGCGGACUUUGGUGAUGAAAGCAACAUUACCUCUAGAGAGAAGCUGAUUGACCAUUACCUGGGGCACAACAGCGAGGAUCCAGCUCUGGAAGGAACUUGUACCGGGAAAUCUGACUAUAUUUCUCCGCUCGACGACUUAGCUUUUGACAUGUACCAAGAUCCAGAAGUAGCCCAGAUCAUACGGAAAUUAGAUGAGAGGAAACGUGAAGCUGUCCAAAAGGAGCGUUACGACUAUGCCAAGAAGCUAAAACAAGCUAUUGCUGAUUUGCAAAAGGUCGGGGAGCGGCUGGGGCGGUUCGAGGUGGAGAAGCGCUGUGCGGUCGAGAGGGAGGACUACGACCUGGCCAAGGAGAAGAAGCUGCAGAUGGAGCGGUUCCGCAGCCGGGUGUACGAGCAGCUGCAGCAGCACAGCCUCGUGGACGCCGAGCCGAUGCGAAGGGCUUCUGACCUGCCCCUCCACCCCCUGGCUCACUCCACCAGUCCUCGCCACCCACAGCCAGUGCCUUCUCUACCGCAAGAAGAAGGUGCAGCAGAAAGCCGGUUUGCAGAGCCUUGCCUUCAGGACAAGCCUCCAGCGCAUCCCCGGGGCCCUUCUCAGCACUCUGCAGUGGACCUCUCCCCGCCCGCCGCAGACCCCCAUCUCAAGACCCACCUCCCGACUGUGCCCUACGACGAGCGGCCCCUUCCCGCCUCGCGGAAGCAGCCGGCGGCGGCCGCCCUGGAGCCGGAAAAGAGUGACACUGAUAUCAGCGAGGCUCCCAGAGGAGGAGCCGCUGGAGAGCCCGAGCCCUUGACCGAGAAGGCCCUGAGGGAGGCCGGCCCUGCCGUGGAUGUGCUGGGAGAAAGCCUGGUGGCAGGGGCCUGCUCCAGGACGUGGGCCUGCCGGGAGGACGCGCUGCUCGCCCUGUACAAGCGGCUGAUGGAGACGCCCACCGGGGCCCCGAAGGACGAGCUGAAGAGCACCCUGCGCGCCUCGGUCCUCCUUGUGAGAAGGGCCCUCAGGGACAUAGUGACCCCGGUUUUUCAGGCUUCUUUAAAAUUGUUGAAAAUGAUGAUCACGCAGUACAUUCCUAAACACAAACUGAGUAAGCUUGAGACCGCUCACUGUGUGGAAAGAGCCAUCCCCGUCCUGCUCACCAGGACUGGAGACUCUUCUGCUCGCCUCCGAGUCGUCGCCUCGAAUUUUAUUCAGGAAAUGGCUUUGUUCAAGGAAGUCAGGUCUCUCCAAAUUAUCCCAUCGUACUUGGUGCAGCCGUUAAAAGCCAACACUUCGAACCAUCUGGCCAUGAGCCAGGUAGGCCUCCUGGCCCGGCUUCUGAAAGACCUGGGCACCGGGAGCUCGGGCUUCUCCAUCGACAACGUGAUGAAGACUCCGUCACCGCAAGAACCCCUCCCGACCCGUGUUCAGUUUUCAGUGAGCGCCCUGGAGCACAGAGUGUAUGAGGUCCGGGAGGCCGCGGUUCGAGUCAUUUUGGACAUGUAUAAGCAGCACCGGGCUCUUAUUCUGGACUACCUCCCUCCAGACGACACCAGCACGCGCAAGAAUGUUCUCUAUAAAACAAUUUUUGAGGGAUUUGCUAAAAUCGAUGGCAGACCUACAGAUGCUGAAAUUAGGGCACAGAAGAAAGCAGCUACAGAAGAAGCUGAAAAACGAAAGAAAGAAGAGAUUAAAGCUCUACAAGGGCAGUUGGCCGCACUCAAGGACACCGAGGUCGAAACCCAGGGGAAAGGAGCCCCCCCGGUGGAGGCGGACAGUCAGGACACACAAGGAGGGAAAGCAGCCCCACCGCCGGCUGCGGAAGGCCCAGACAAUCACUACUUGGAGAAUCUGUGCAUCUUCUGCGGGGAGAGGAACGAGGCCUUCACGGAGGAGGGGCUGGACCUGCACUACUGGAAGCACUGUCUCAUGCUGACGCGGUGCGCCCACUGCAAGCAGGUGGUGGAGAUCUCCAGCCUGACGGAGCACUUGCUGACGGAGUGCGACAGGAAAGACGGGUUUGGAAAGUGUUACCGCUGCAGCGAGGCCGUGCUGAAGGAAGAGCUGCCCAGACACAUAAAAACGAAGGCGUGUAACCCUGCCAAACCAGAGAAGCUGGCAAACCGGUGUCCGCUGUGCCAUGAGAACUUCUCCCCGGGAGAGGAGGCGUGGAAAGCUCACCUCAUGGGCCCGGCCGGCUGCACGAUGAACCUGCGUAAGACCCGCGUGCUGCACAGGGCGCCUGCUCCGCCGCCGGCAGGUAAAGGCCCAGCCGUGGCCAAGGCAGGGACCUCGGGAUCAAAGGUCGGAAGCAAGAUCCCUACCCCGAAGGGACCGGGCAAAAGCUCCGGGAGGACAUACACGAAGCGAUGACACAACAUGCGUCCUGCCUCCUUUGUCCCCGCGAGGAGCGGAGCAAGUUUCCUGACUCAACCAUUUCUCCUAAAAUCCACCCUUGGACAUGGUGACCGUCCCCCACCCCCGCUGACCCUCGGCUCUCGGCCGUGCUGGUCCUGACUUGUUGCACCGGCCGUGGGGCCGACGGAGAACCUACGUCCCAGGGUCAGAUCUGGACCCGCCGCGGCUUUGAGCCGCCAGGCGUCUGCCCCCCAGCCCAGCACAUGCAGGAGAGCGCCCGUCUGUUCAGGGGGUGCCAACGCGAUGCCCGCGCGGGCAGGCCCUCUUCCCAAGUGCUUGCAGUGAUUCCCAUAAAGACUUCCCCGGAAACCGCGGGCCUCUUCAUCUCUCUCACACGGGGCCGAAUUCCCGCCGGUCCAUGGCCCCCCAGCAGCGGUGACCAUGAGUGUCCCCGGGUGCCUUACCCCAGCGGGGCGCACUCUGCCUACCCCUGCCCGGUGCACCUCCUCACCGUGUCUGCGGAGCCCGUGCUCCCCGCUGUCACAGGUCACUGGGCAUGGGUCCCCCUGUGCCCCUUGCCCGGCCAGAGGCCCAUGAGGAGUGCGCGGUCCGCGGCGGUCACCACCCUCCCACGGCAGCACCCCCGCCCCACGGUAACCCCCCAGCAGCCGUCCCCCCGCGGCAGUCCCCUGGGCGAGCUGAGGUGGGCACUGUGAGGCUCCAAGGCAGGGCCGCGCCGGGGGUGCUCACAUCCCUUACCCACGUGCUGCCCUCAGCAGAACUGCAAGGUGACUGUCACGGGUCCUGUGCUCGCCUGCCCACAGUGUCGGCCGGAGCGCCCCGCUCUUGAACCCCAGGGGCUGACGUGGCGCCGCUCUUGACUCCGGCCUGGGGUAUCUGCUCCUUCACGCACGUCAUCGGUCGGCCCCUGCAGACCCAGCGCGUCUGCCUCGGGCCUGCCCCUCGCUCGUCUGCGUUGGAAUUGGGGCUCCACGUUCAUUUCCUCGGCUGGUCCCGUGAUACUUACGCACCAGACGUCAUUUCAAACGAAGACACCAGACCUCGAAGUCCAGCCCCCUCACAGCUCCCCACCUGCCGCGGGGCAGGGGAGCGGUUCCGCGUGCUUCCCGUGCAGGUGGCCGGGCUGACGGGCCGGUGUGGGUCUGCAGGGAGGGCCCCGUGUCUCGCCGCAGCCGAAUCUCCCAGGGGCCCGAGGCGGCUGACCCUGUCCCACCGUGCAGCCGGGACGUGCCCCUCCCCCCCCCCGAGCGCCCGCGGGCUUUCCCAACGGACACCCGGGGUGACAGAUGAAGAGUGGGCUGGGUGAUUGUAAAUAAAUACUGAGUUUCUGGCCGUGUGAAACCACAAAGUGUGUCUUAGAAAACCCCUAACAGCUGUCAGAGUCCGUCUGUGACCGUGAAUUUGCACGACUCACUCUCUGUCCCGGGAAGGCUAAUACCUUCUCGUACGCAGCAAGAGUGAGAGCGAGAGAAUUACCAAAACCUGUGACCCCGCCUAACCACGAAAGCGCCCGGGGAGAGAGGACGCAGACCUCCAGUGGGCAGCGCAGAGCGCGGAUGCCGGCAGAUGGCACUCGGGCCUUUCUGGCCCCGGGGACAGCGGCUCGACCUGCGGCCCGUCGUCCUCCACGCGCGGACCAGCCGCUUCUGUCACGCGAGCUAGUGAAGGAACCAUUCCUUCCUCUCCAACCAACACUUCCAAAUAUAGAAGUCUUAUUUCCAUAUAUUGUAACUUGAAAAAGCAUUUGUAAAGAUAUUUAAUUUUAGUGACUGGCAAGCAAAAUCGGGUGCAUUUAAGACCAGUUAGCGCUGCCGGUUCCAGAAGACUCGAGCGGCGGGAUUGAAAUGAUCCCGGGCCGGGACUCGUGGCUGCUGAAAGCCUUGCAGAGCUACAGACUAGUAAGGAACCACAAAUAAAAAACAAAAAAUUGGGAAGGAACUAUAAGAUCCCUUGGCCAUUUAUAAAUAAAUCUGUAAAUUUGGGACAGGAAUUAAUAAUUGACUUUUCACUCCUGAAUAUGUUGUGCAUAUUUAAUAUUUAUUUCUAUUAUUUUCAUAUUUCAGGAUACUUUAUCAAGCUAAUUUAAAAGAAAUGUGUCUAUAAAUUUGGCAUCAGAAUACACAUGUAAAUACUUUUAAUGAAAAUUUGCAACUUUUUAAUGUUUUAA